CGGUUUACUUGCGCGGAUUCCUCGUGGUGGGAGACGCCGGACGAUUUGUUUUUACUUUUUCGACACUGUGGCGUUGUGGCCCAGUCGCACUGUUGCUGCCACCGCGCCCGUCGUCGCCGCGUCGCGUUUUACUCGCUGACCGUUGUUUUGUUGUUAUUGUUGUUGUUGUUUUCGUCAUCGUCGGCUCGUUGUCAACCGGUGUUUUGAUCAAAAAACCGGUCCGCAGUCGAUUUACGGGGAUUGCCGCCGUCCUCCUCAAGUGUGUGGUAUCAACGUUUAUAAAAUGGGAGACUUAUUUAGUUGUUGCGGUUCUUCGGAUAGAGUUGAACCAUCUUCACCUGAUGCAAAGGCCAAUUUUAAAGGUCCUGUAAAAGGAAGAUCUUGUACAGAUUGCUCAUUUUUGGUCCUUUUCUUGUUUGUAUUGAUAUCUGUGUUUGGAUUAGUCAUAUACUGUACAUCAAAUGGUGAUGUAAAUCGUCUGUUCUAUGGUUUUGAUGAAUGUGGUGACAUUUGUGGAUUUAAAAAUAAAAACCCUGAUCCAAAAUUUUGUACUGGUAAAGACAUGACAAGUAAACCAUUCUUAAAAAUUGAUGCUCCUAUUUAUAAAGUAGCUGAUUUGAAAUAUGUCAAAAGAGAAUGUGUAGAAAGAUGUUCAGAUUAUAAGGAUUACCAAGAAUUCUUACAUAGGUGUAUUCCAAAAGGCAAUGAAUCAGUCAUCAACAAUAUUUUGACAAAUUCAACAAUUGGCAGCCUGUUUCACGAAGUGACUCAAGAUUUGCAACACACUAAAUGGGAUAUAAUAUAUCUUUGCAUAUUUGCUUUUAUUCUAUCACUCGUCAUUGUAUUUUUGAUAAGAUUUGUAGCUGGUAUUGUUGUUUGGUUUGUACUUAUCGGCGUUGUUGUAGUCAGUAUUUCAGCAUCUAUUUUCCUAUGGGUCACUUGGAAACAAAAGUCUGAUUCUGAAAUUAAAGAUCAAGUUGCUCAACGAGACGUAAAUACAUAUUUUGCAUUUGCAUUAAUUGCCACAAUAUCCACUAUUAUUAUCUUGCUAAUCAUUGUGGCAAUGAGAAGCCGUAUUGCUCUUGUCGUCCAAUUGUUUAAAGAAUCUGGUAAAGCUAUACAAAGCAUGCCCUUAUUGCUCGUACAACCAAUGGUGACCUUUAUAUUCCUGUGUUUGGCAAUUAUUAUGUGGAGUUAUUUUGCUGUACUCAUUCAAGCAUCCGGAUCUCCUGCUUUUGAACCGCUGAGCCAUAAUGUUUACUAUAAAAAAGACCAGCUAAUGAAAUUUGCCAGAAUUUAUAACAUUUUGGUAUUACUUUGGGUUAUUGAAUUUAUCAUAGGCUGUCAACAUAUGAUAAUUGCUGGUUCUGUUGCCACAUGGUUCUUCACUAGAAACAAAGACAAUGUUUCAUCUCCAAUUUCAACAUCUAUUAGUUAUUUGUUCAAUUACCAUUUAGGAUCUGUAGCUUUAGGAUCAUUUAUUAUAACCGUACUUCAAAUAAUUAGAGCUAUAUUGAAUUAUAUCGAUGAGACCCUGAAAGAAUCUCAAAAUGAAGUAGCAAAGUCAUUGUAUAAAGUAUUUCAAUGUUUAUUCAGUUGUCUACAACAAUUUUUACAAUAUUUGACAAGGAAUGCUUACAUCGAAAUCGCUAUUUAUGGUGAUAACUUCUGCAGAUCAGGACAACAAGCAUUUAAAAUGAUUACUUCUAACGUACUACGUGUUGCUGCUAUAAAUUCUGUUGGAGAUUUUGUGCUUUUCUUAGGAAAAGUACUUGUGGUCAUAUCAACGGUGUUAUUAGGUUUCAAAAUGCUUGAGACUAAACCUGGAGUUCUUCAUUUGUGGGUUCCACUUACCGUUGCAGGAAUAUUUGCCUAUUUUGUUGCACAUUGUUUUAUUUCUGUAUACGAGAUGGUGAUAGACACAAUAUUUAUGUGUUUCUGCGAAGAUUGUAACCUAAAUGAUGGAGUCACUCAAGAAUAUUACAUGAGUAAAGAACUUAUGGAUUUUGUUGAGAGCAGUCAAAAAGUGUUGAGAGUCGGUGAUGGAGCUACAAAUUAAUUUAAAUCCACAAAUCUACAGUUACAUUAAUAAUUAUGUAUUCAUUAAUAUUUAUUAUAAACCAAGGAAAAGUACUAUUAAUAAUGUUACAAGCUGAACAUCUGUAUUAAGUAAACUAUUUUAUUUUAUAAUUUUUUUAUUGCCAUUAUCAUGUAUAAUUUUUUAUUUUAUUUUUUACUUAACGCUAAAAAAUCUUUGGAAGGACUAAUUCCAUUAAGAAGAACAAUCUUUUUUCAUACAUUUAUAUGUUUUUUUCAAUUAAAAUAUAAAUGUUUUAUUGAUUCCUUUUAACAGAAAUCUAACAAUGUUAUACAAUCUCACAAUAGUUUAUAAAAAAUUUUAAGUUUAGGUAGGUAUUCAAGUGUCUUUAGUGUCUAAAUAUUUAUUUUAUUUUAUAUUUAAAUUUAAACAAUUAUGUACUUGUAUUUUAUGACCAAAGAACGUAUUUACUAUAAUUUAUUAAAUGUUAUAAAUUUCCUAAUAUACUGUAUCCAAUUAUUUUCAUAAAUGUAUACUUAAGACACUACAUAACUAUUCCAUCAUUUUAUGUGC